UUCCCUUCAAUUCAGAUAAUCUGUACAGAAAAUUAAAGAGAGCUGGCCCCAUUAACAAAUUUAUUUAUGGAUUCUUCAAUUCUUUUUAUUAUCCCAAAAUUGUGGCCCGAUUGAUUUUGGAUCUUUUGUCUUCUGUUUUGGGCACAAACUAAUCGAAAUAUAGCGGCUGAUUAGCUGUAAAAACGAGCAUUAACAGCAAAAUCUGCACAAGCGCUUACAUUUUUUUUGGGUCACAAAACUUUCCUUAUUUCAUCAAUUAUCCGUUUGCAUACCAUAAGUCUCAGGGUUUUGGACCCAAAAACAGUUCUUGGAUCUUUCUCUCUUAUCGAAUUCCUUCCAUCAUCUCUCUGUAGAAGCCUCAGUCUGGGAUCCAGAAAGUUCGUUGAACAGGCAUAAAAAUCAAAUCUUGGUUCUUGCCUCUGAGUUAAUAAGACAAGUUGGUUGAUCUAUGGUGUCAUCUGGGUUUUUCCUAAUUUGUAUGCUCCAUUCUUUGGUGGCCUUGUCAUGUGGAGCCAUGAUGAUGUUCUAUAGGGAUGAGGUGUUUGUGUUUAGCCAUGGUAAGGACCAUGCUAGUAAGCUUUUGGGCUCAACACCUCAUGAUCAGCUCUUGAUUCGAACCUCUGAUUCGUUUUCGGGUUUACUUUUAUUCGCUGUUGGGCUCUUGUUGUUCAUGGUGGCGUUUGUGAAGGAGAAGGAGUUCCAUGGCUUCUUUGCAAGAGGCUGUGUGGUUCUCCACAUUGCGAUGGCAAUUUGGAGGAUUUACUUUGAGAGGAAGGUGGAGGAUCUCGGGCACGACUGGUUGAGGCUGGUUUUUGGGGACAUUAUUCUGGGGCUUUCAUGGGUUUUAUUUCUCGUGUAUUCGUGGAGGGAGAAAUAUGAUUGAUGUUUGUUUUAGCCGAUGUUCUUUAUCAUACGGUAUUUGGUGGGCAAGGAUGGAACUGGGAACUGCGACGUCUUUCACUGGUGUGUAGAAUGUGGUUUUUCAAGCUUGAUCUACAUUGUUUGUGUCGGAAAGGGAGGAAGAUGAUAAAUGUUUCUACUGAGAUGUGGUCCGCCCCACAUUUGUGAGUUAGGGGUUCGACUGGGAUUGAUGUGCUUCAGACAGAAAACUUCAAUAUUUACAAACUAAAUCUGAUGGACACUUGAAUCUGAUAAGACUGUGAAUAAUUUCUUCUCCUUUUUUUUCUGUCUUUCUUAUACAAUGUUUUCCUCUUUUGAUUGUUGAUCAUCUUUGUUGUAAAUUUCCUUGAAUAGGCAAUGAUUUGUGAGAUCUGAGUUUCACUUGA